UCUCCUGUUCAUACUUUGCGUCCCGCCUCUUCCUUUGACUACCAAACCAAACUCUGCAUCACUACAAGAGGAGGGAAAGGAAGAACAGAAGCAGCAGAACAGCAGGGGAAAGAAGGAAGAAGGACACGAAGAAGAAGUAGAGAUGCUGGGAUGAAUUACAGUUCCGGUUGAAUCCAUCACUGAACUAUUUUUCCCUUUGGAGAAGUCACCAAAUCAUCCAUCUUCCGGUUUUGGGGACAUCGAGAACUCGACGAAGGAGACUGGGCGGUGGGCGCCAUUGUUGCCCCGAACGCAGCCUGGCGGUUCGUUUUUCGUAGAGAUACCUUUCUAACACGCAUCAUCUGAGAAUUAAGCUGUAGAAUCACAGAGCAGCCAUGACUGCCAAGGACGAAAAUGCAGCUGCCAUUCCUGCUAAGGGCAAAUAUGCAGCACUUGUUAUGUGCUGGAUCCUUGGGAAUGGGUCUCUGCUCUCAUGGAACAGCAUGCUCACAAUUGAGGAUUACUACGGCUACCUAUUUCCUAGGUACCAUCCUUCAAGGGUUCUCACAUUGGUAUACCAGCCAUUUGCUUUGGGGACUAUUGCUCUGCUCACAUAUUAUGAAGCUAGGCUGAACACCAGGCGUCGCAACUUGGGUGGCUACACCCUAUUCUUCAUAAGUUCUCUUCUAGUUAUAGUGUUAGAUCUAGCCACGUCAGGAAAGGGAGGAAUCGGUACUUAUGUUGGCAUUUGUGCGAUUAGUGGAGCAUUUGGGAUAGCAGAUGCUCACGUCCAGGGAGGAAUGCUUGGUGACCUGUCCUUGAUGCGUCCUGAAUUUAUACAGUCUUUCAUGGCCGGUCUUGCUGCUUCUGGAGCUCUAACAUCUGCUCUGAGGUUUAUCACAAAAGCAGCCUUUGAAAAUUCUAAAAAUGGUCUUCGGAAAGGAGCAAUACUCUUUUUUUCUAUUUGUUCAACAUUUGAGCUGGCAUGCGUUCUGCUUUAUGCAUUUGUCUUCCCUAAACUAGAAAUCGUGAAGUAUUAUCGUUCAAAGGCAGCUUCUGAAGGAUCAAAAACUGUGUCAGCUGAUCUUGCUGCAGGAGGUGUACUGCAAGAUACUGCAGCGGACUCCGAGAAUCCAAAGGACUUUCAACGCUUCAGCAAUAAGCAGCUCCUUAUUCAGAAUAUAGACUAUGCCAUUGAUUUGUAUCUGAUAUAUGUGUUGACAUUAUCCAUAUUUCCAGGAUUUCUGUAUGAAGAUACAGGGUCACAUAGCCUAGGUUCUUGGUACGGGUUGGUUCUAGUUGCGUCUUACAAUGUUUCUGAUCUGAUUGGGAGAUAUACUCCUUUGAUCAAAAUGGUGAAGAUAACUUCUAGGUACUUCCUGACAAUAGCAUGCCUCUCACGGUUUCUGCUGAUCCCUGCAUUUUACUUUACGGCCAAGUAUGGAGACCAAGGAUGGAUGAUAAUGCUGACAUCAAUCUUGGGGUUAACUAAUGGUCACCUAACUGUCUGUAUCCUUACUGAAGCACCUAAAGGUUACAAGGGACCUGAGCAGAACGCGUUGGGGAACUUGUUAUGUUGUUGCCUGUUGGCCGGGAUCUUCUCAGGAGUUACACUUGAUUGGUUGUGGCUCAUAGGAAAGGGAUGGUGAAUCCAGAGGAAAUUCAAAUUUGAUGUACUCCUUUUUAAUAUUCUCCAAUUUAAAUUUUGUAUAAAAUAUGUUUUCCAUUUUAACACUGCAAAUGCGGAUUAAAUGUCCUUUGCAGGAAAUUGCUGAAAGCAUGUGGAAAAGGAUAAACAUGAAUGCAAGAAUAACUUAUUCCAUCUUUCAAAAGUGUACUUGAUAGUUUG